AGAGACGGUUCAGAGAAGCAGCGGCAGCAGUUGCAGCAGCUCUGGGAUACAGACAAGAGACCCGCACGGAGCGCAUCCAGCCGGACCGAAUACCGCCAAUCCCCGCAGCACGAGGCAGACAGAGGAGCCCCGCAAACAUGCGAGCCGUCAAUCUGAUCAGCCUGCUGUUCCUUUACUGCAGCCUGCACGCGCCGCACAUGACAGAGGGCUGCUCGUGCGCUAUGACGCACCCGCAGGACGCCUUCUGCAACUCCGACAUAGUGAUUCGAGCAAAAGUGGUGGGUAAGAAGUUUGUGACAGUGGGGCCUUUUGGAACGAUACGCUACACAGUGAAGCAGAUUAAGAUGUACAAAGGAUUUGACAAAAUCCAGCACGUCCAGCACAUAUACACACACGCCUCUGAGAGCCUGUGUGGCGUCAAAUUUGACAUCAACAAGUACCAGUACCUCAUCACAGGUCGUGUGUAUGAUGGCAAGGUCUACACUGGACUGUGUAACUUGAAUGAGCGGUGGGAGCGGAUGUCGUUGGCACAGAAGAAGGGCAUCAACCAUCAUUACCAGCUGGGCUGUGGAUGCAGGAUCAAGCCCUGCCACUACCUGCCCUGCUUCGUGACCUCUAAGAACGAGUGCCUAUGGACGGACAUGCUAACCCACUUUGGCUAUCCUGGCUACCAGUCCCGGCACUAUGCUUGCAUCCAGCAGAAGGAGGGUUACUGCAGCUGGUACCGAGGCACGAGCAACCGUGACAGAACCACCACCAAUGCCACCGAUCCCUGAACACCAAGACCGUCCUCCAUGAAACUCACUCUCGCCCCUUCAGACCCCCCACCCCCCCCACACACACACAAUCACCUGUCGAUCAUUACAGGACUCCUGAUGGCCUCUCUAAAAGGGAUGAAAGAGCGUUUUUUUUUUUUUUUGUUUUGUUUUUUUACAGUGCCUGGUUGUAGCUCUUCCACUUUAAACUCAAAUGUUUUUUCCCCCUCCCAGUCUGCAAUCAAUGUGGUCCUUGCACUGAGCAGUCAUGGAAGUAGCAAUAGUCCGUUUAUCAGAAUCCAAAACUCUUAAAGGAACCCAUUUCUGCACUAAAUUACAAUCAGAAACCUCCAGCUCAGCUGUUGUUGGGUCGUUUUUUUUAAUUUACUAAAACAGUUUUUACUCACAUUCAAAGGAAAAACAGCCAAAAUAAAGAUGAACCUAAUGCGUUUGUUCAC